AAAAAAAAUACAUAUAAUCUUCAUUCAACGACAUUCAUGUCAUCAACGCAAUACUUGAUACCUAAAGAUCCUCCCUCCUAUGAAUCACUAUAUCAAACAAUUCCUUCCCAAUCAUCACAUGAACAACAACAAAGUCAAUUAGCCAAGAUAACAUGUGCUCUUCAGAGAUACAUUCGUCGACAUUCACCUUUUUUACAAACAAUGACAGCAGCUAUUUUUGUUGCAGCUACCGUUUCGACUACAGUCAUGCUUUUAUUAUGGCAGCUUCAAAAUUUAGCUUCACCGCAAUAUCCUGAGGAUGAUUCUUGGUUUGAUCUUGGAGAAUAUGCAAUUUUUUAAUUAACUCAUUCCAUUUAUUUUAUAUAUAUAUAUAUAUAUUGUAUAUUAAUACCCUCUUUCUUGUAAUAAACACACACGCACAUACACAUAUAUAUUAUUUCGAAUAAUUGUAGUAGCAAAAAAAAAUGUGAAAUAGACUCAUAUUCAUACUUAUUUUAUUGGUUUAAUAUCAAAAUUAAUAUUCUCCUUUGGACAUAACAUGUAAUUGGUAUACUAAAGGUAGAAACUGGCCCCAUCAUAUAUUGAAUAUAUUACCUAGAUUGCAUUUCGCUUAAAAGAAACACUGUCCUUUAUAAUGGAUUAAGCACUUUAAUUGGACUUUUUUUUUUCUUUCUGUUAUCAAUGUAUACAAUGUACUAGAUAAGAAAUGGUGAAUAUUUUAGUGAAUAGUGGGGAAAAAAAAUACAG